GUACUCCCAUUUCCUCACACCAAGACCUCUCUGCAAGCUAAUAAAUCCUUCACUUUUAUUUCUUCUUCUUCCUUCCAGCAAAUUUCAUUAUCAUGGGUUUGAUCAGUUAUGAAAUGGAGAUUACCUCCUCAGUCCCUGCAGCCAAGUUGUUCAAGGCCUUCGUCCUUGAUGCCGACAACCUCAUCCCCAAGAUCUUGCCCCAAGCCAUUAAGAGCGUUGAAAUCAUCCAAGGGGAUGGAGGAGUUGGAACCAUCAAGGUGAUCUCUUUUGGCGAAGGCAGCCAAUACAAGAGCGUCAAACACCAAGUUGAUGGGCUUGACAAAGACAAAUUUGUCUAUAAUUAUAGCAUCAUCGAAGGUGAUGCUUUAAUGGGUGUACUUGAAAAAAUCUCUUACGAGACCAAGAUCGAAGCUUCAUCAGAUGGAGGAUCCAUAUGCAAGAAUAGUAGCAUAUACCAUACCAAAGGUGAUGCUGGGAUCACAGAGGAUCAAAUCAAGGGUGGCAAAGAAAAGGCCCUGGGAAUGUUCAAGGCUGUUGAGACCUACCUCUUGGCAAAUCCUGAUGCCUACAACUAAAUACGGUUUAAUAUGUACACUCUAAUAUGUGGUUUGAUGAGUGUGCCUUUCUAUUUUUACUUAUACGUACUAUUAAUGCCUUCGUCUUUAAUAAGGGGAAAAAACUCCAUUAAAAUUGUGAUCAUCCAGUUGUAUGUAUUGUUUUAUAUGAUUGAAGAGUUCAUGUUUACAAUUUAAGUUCAAGUAAACAAAGCAGUUAUUUGUUAA